AUGCGCCUGCUUAAAAAUAACCGAGGCGCACUGUCCCGGUUUGACCCACGCUGGAACAGACUGGAGCAGCUGCAUGGCCCUGCCAGCAGAACACAGUGUUUAUCUGCUCCAUCUCCAAAGGUGCUGCUGAUCUCUGCUCUGCCCUCAGUGACUCCAGCAAGCUUCUCUGGUUCCAGAUGUCUGAGGAGGCCCCGAGGAUGA